CGGGGGUGGUCGGAUCCGCGUCCCUCGGGGUCCCGACUUAGUCCCCCACCUCCCCGAUCCCGUCCCAGCCUGCAGCGAAGGCGAAGCCAGGAGGCGCAGGCCCUGUGCGGGGAGGCGCGCCAGGCGGCCCGGGAGCGUGGGGAGCGGCUGGUUAGCCUCCUGGAAGCGGGGCAGCUACGCAAGCGGGAUCUGGAGCACCGCAACCGGCGGCUGCAGGAGCAAUGGGAGGAGCUGUCCAGCCAGCUCUUCUACUACGGGGAACUGCGGAGCCAGAAGUCCGAGGAGCCCCAAGCCGAGGCCCAGUUAGUGGAGUUGCAGGUUGCAUCGAGGGUCACCCGGGGAAAGAUACAGAGGGCUGGGGGUGGGUGGGUGGAACGGAGAGAACCCCCUGGGGACCUGGCAGCUGGGACCUGCCUGGAAACUGUUCUCUGCUCCUGCCCUGGCUGGGACCCCCUCGGGAAGAAACACCUGGAGUUGAUGGAGGCGAAGCACAACAUGCUGGUGGACAGCCUGCAGCAGGGCACGCAGCAGAUCGAGGAGACCUGGGCCAACUUCCAGGAGCAGAGCCAAGUCCUGCAGGAGUUGCAGGGGAAGGUGAUGAGGGCUGCGGCCGCGUUGGAUGCCUCGCGGCGCGGUGCCGAAGAGUCGCCCACCCAGGGGGGACUCGCUGCCUCACCGGCUGCAGGACUGCGCGGGCUCGCUCAUGGAGGAGGUGGCCAAGGCGGACUGUGAAGAGCGGCUGUUUCGUUGCAAGGGCGCAUGGCGCAGCUGCGGGUGCUGACCGAGCCCGACGUCAUCCGCCAGGGUCUCCAGCGACUGUGCUCGAAUACCACCCUCCGCCGCCUCCGCUACACCUGGUCCCGGUUGCUGGAGCUGCGCACCCGCGGCCUCUUGCCCACCUAGGGCGCAUCACGCAGAUCUGGCUUGGCCUGGAGUACCUCCCUGUCUCUCGUGUGGUUUCUGGGUGUCCCCUUGUGUGUGUGUGUGUGUGUGUGUGUUGGGAUGUUGGGGAGACGGUCCGGCUGUGUUCUAGCGGCCCAAGGGAAAUAGACCUCACUGGAUCCUGGCUACCCUGUGGUGGACCCAAACUAUGCACCUGGGGUGACACUUCUGGAGUUUGUUGACUACUAUUUAUAACUUGAUUUGCUCUCUGCGCCCUGGUAGGGGCAGGCGAAGGGUGAGCUUCAUUGGGGGACUCAGUCCAGGAAGUGAAGUUGGGGGAUUCUCUUGAUUGGGCUCCCCAGGCCUUCG